AUGGAUUCAUACGAAGCUAAAAAGAAGGAGCUGUAUUUGAAGAGGAAAGAUAUAAAUUUAUAUUACCAUCCCAUCAAAACGAUUAAGCUUUUUUUUUUAGAACUGAGAAAUAUUAUUGCUAAUACCUACAAGAAAAAUAAAAAAUACAACAAGUUAAUAUUCCUUGGCAUCAUAUUGGUAUUGUUUUUGUUCAAAAUAAGAUAUAAAUAUGAUUACCUGAGCAACUUUUUAAUUUAUAUAGAAUGCAUAACAUGGUGGCUGUCACUGGGAAUUUUAAGUAGCAUUGGGUUGGGGUGCGGUAUGCACUCGGGGGUAUUGUUUUUGUUUCCACACAUAUAUUUCAUUUGCUCAACUUCGGAGUAUUGCAAUUCGUUGAACUUUGACUCCAGGGUGAAUAUGUGGGGGUCCUUGUUGACGCCCGGGAAUUACUUUGAGUGUAUAACGAAGAACGAUGGGAAUAUAACCCUGUCAAGAUUAUUUAUGAAAAUUUAUCCGUAUUGUCUAGUAUGGGGCAUAGGAACUGCACUGGGAGAACUACCACCGUACCUCACGUCAUACUACGCAUCCAAGUCCAAACUGAGCGAUGACGAUUAUGAAGAAUUCGAAAAGGACAUAAAAGAAGGAAAACGAAACAUAAUAAUCGCCAUGAAAAUAUGGAUGAUAGAUUUUAUUAAAAAGCACGGAUCCAUUUCUGUUUUCCUUUUAUCAUGCUGGCCAAAUGGUAUACCAUCUAUGCGUGUGAAGACGUGA